CUCGCGACCCGAACCGAUCUCGGUUUUCACCUGGAGACAGAAGAGAGACCAAUCGGAAAGCGAGACUAGGACCAAUCAAAAAGUGAGAUUCGAGGGAGAAAAACUAUAAAAACCUUAAAUUUUAAGGUCGAAAAGCAGUUCUUCGCCAAUCCAAACGCGCGAUAAAUCUGUGUCGCUUUCACCUUGGACUAUCCCGUCGCAUCCCAACUUCGACGUGCACGCAACUCGACCGGCCACUUUACCAUCAUCGUCUCUGCCUCGGGACCAUCAACGAACCCUCAGAGCAAGAACAACCGAUGUAUCGAACUCCUUACGCACGAACUGUGAUGGAUACUCGAAUAACCUCCGGACGACCAACUUCCUGUCACCAUACGUAUUAAAAAUAUGGUUAAGAAAUUGACACCAGAGGACGUGUUCAAAUGUGUGAUGUCUUAUGGUAACCACGUGUUCGUAUUUUGAUUGCGUUUAGAAGAUGCCCAAAGUAGCAAAACAAAAACUUAUUCAUCCAAAUAGUAGAAAAGCUCAACAGUUGUCAAAGAAACAGCAUCAUAACAUACGUGUUGAAAGGAAGAAAGAUGAAUUGAAUAUUAAGCAACAAAUUUUAUUACAAAAACUGCUAUGGUUUAAAAAUAAUUUGAAUGAAGAUGAAGUUGUUUGUGCCAAAAAUGUUUUAGAUCUGAUAGAAAGGUAUUUAAAUCGUUUUAGUGAUGAAUUAGAACAGAUUGAUAUUAUUAAUAAUAUCAAAGGUAGGACAGGAAUACAGCAUGCAGCCAGAAAAGAUAGCAUAAAGUUUACAAUAGAUCAAGAAAAAAAUGAUUUUCAGACAUGUGGAUUAGAUAGUUUUAUGGCAUUAGUGUUUAAACAUGAUUUCGGGUAUAUGGUCACCAUGGCUGGCUUGAAUGAAGUGCAAUUGAGAAGAACAAUUUUCGACCACUUUAUUGAGCAACUGGGGCCAUAUAUCGGCAAUAAUGUGGUGAAUGUUGACUUCCAAGUGGUCCAACGUCUGUGA